AUGCCUUUCAAACCAGCAGAUAACCCCAAGUGUCCCAAAUGCGGCAAGUCCGUAUACGCGGCGGAAGAGCGCGUCGCCGGUGGCCUCAAGUGGCACAAAAUGUGCUUCAAGUGUGGUCUCUGCCAGAAGCUGUUAGACUCCACAAACUGCUCUGAACACGAGGGCGAACUUUUCUGCAAGGUUUGCCACGCGCGCAAAUUCGGACCUAAAGGCUACGGCUUCGGUGGAGGCGCCGGCUGCUUGUCAAUGGACGCCGGCGACCACCUGAAGGGCGAGAACGCAAAUGGCGUAAGAACGAACGGAGCAUGUUUGGAACCACGUGUCAUUGCAAAAGCUCCACCAGGCCAAGGAUGCCCACGAUGUGGUGGUUAUGUGUAUGCUGCAGAGCAGAUGUUGGCUCGCGGAAAGGCAUGGCACAAGGAGUGUUUCAAGUGUGGUGAUUGUUUGAAGCGGCUGGACUCCACGAACUGUUGCGAGGGUCCCGAUAAAGACAUUUACUGCAAAGUGUGCUACGGAAAGAAGUUUGGACCUAAAGGUUAUGGUUACGGUAAAGGAGCUGGUGUUUUGCAAAGUGACCCCUACGCCAACGGUGACCAUGCACCAAGGACAACGGUGAUCGACACCGCGGCCAUCAUGGCACCACCAGGCAAAGGUUGCCCAAGAUGCGGCGGCGUGGUCUACGCUGCUGAGCAGGUUCUGGCAAAGGGCCGUGAAUGGCAUCGCAAGUGCUUCAAGUGUCGCGAUUGCACCAAGACACUUGACUCUAUAAUCGCUUGCGAUGGACCAGACUCGGAUGUUUACUGCAAGACUUGCUACGGCAAGAAAUGGGGACCACAUGGAUAUGGAUUCGCUUGUGGCUCCGGUUUCCUGCAAACGGAUGGUUUGACCGAGGACGAGAUCUCCGCUAACCGUCCUUUCUACAACCCUGAUACUACAUCAAUCAAAGCUCCCAAGGGACAGGGAUGUCCACGAUGCGGUGGAAUGGUAUUUGCCGCUGAACAGCAACUGGCCAAGGGCACUAUGUGGCACAAGAAGUGCUUUAACUGCGCCGAAUGUCAUCGUCCCCUCGACUCCAUGCUGGCUUGCGAUGGACCAGACAAGGAAAUCCACUGUCGGUCUUGUUACGCUAAGCUUUUCGGACCUAAGGGAUUCGGCUACGGCCACGCCCCAACCCUUGUAUCUACUGAUGCUGAACCAGCAACUACAUACACUGAACAACUCCCAUUUACGGGAGCAAAGGCUGCCAAAGGAAAAGGCUGCCCUCGCUGUGGAUUCCCAGUAUAUGCCGCAGAACAAAUGAACUCCAAGAAUGGCACAUGGCACAAACGGUGCUUCUCAUGUGCAGACUGUCAUAGAUCUCUUGAUUCAACUAAUUUGAACGAUGGGCCGAACGGUGAAAUCUAUUGCCGUGGAUGCUAUGGACGGAACUUCGGACCAAAGGGUGUAGGUUUCGGACUAGGCGCAGGCACAUUAACCAUGGCUUAA